GGUCCGUCGCCAUGUUCGGGAAGAAGGUAGUGUCCUUGAGCUAAAAUGUUUGAAAUUACGUUUAUAACGAUAGUUAUAGUUCGUAUCAUGAGAGUAACGUUUGGUACCUAAUUAGUUAGUAAAUUUUGUAGAUUGUAAAUAUGAUAAAAUUGUGAACGGAUGAUGUACCUUCAACAUGAAACUUAGUGAUAACAUAAUGGCAAUUAUAAGAUGAGCGAUCAUCAGGCAGGGGCUGGACCACAGCAGCCCCCGCAAACUUUGAAUGUGGCUGGGCAAGCAGUGCGACUGCAACAAGUGUUGGCAGCUGCAGGUUCACGAGGGCAACAGUUUGUUAUUACAUCCCAAGUUAGCGUACCUGGUCUCACUCAGGUUAUUCCAACUAUCGCAACAACCAGCGCAGCUCUGCAACAGGCUGGUGUGACACGCAUACUCAAUAUUGCAUCAUCUCCAAGAGUCAACGUGGUUGGAGUGUCACAGGUUCCAGGACGGGGAGGAACAUUGCAACUUGCUGCCAGUAAUGCAGGGAACAGUGGCACAGGUGACUCGCCAGGACGAGGCACAGUAUCACUUGUUGCCAUUGGUCAACCAGCAGCGGUUAAUGCUUCAUCGCAUCCAACUUUAGUCAGUUCCUUGUCAUCCCCACCCCGGCAGAGGACUACUAGUGGUGCUAUUGGUAUUGUACAAUCACCUCCGACACUAGUGUUAACAUCUACACCAAAUUUGGUGCGAACUUCUAAUGGAUCUUUUACCACACCAUUGUCCUCUGCUGCAAAUAUCGUGUCAAGUCCACAGUCCUCAUCCCCAGUGAGAAAAAGAAUGCGACUAUCAGAACUUCAAGAGAGAGCACCACCAAAUGAAGAAAUUGGAACUUUAAGGAAGAGAGUGUUAGAAUACAAGACAGUGCGUAUGCAUGGUGACAGGGAACGGUAUGCAGAACAUGCUUCGGAAUUGUUCUUCUUACAGGCCGGUGGAAACAUGAUGGACUAUCACACUUGGCGUAAACGACCAUCCACUCCUCAGUUCCUACACUUUCUUAGAUCUCAUCGUUUGGAUCCUGAAGACGAUGAUGAAGAUCUUACUUCAUUGUUAUGUGCAGCAUCCACAUCAGGAUCUUCUCAGUCCUCUCACAGUACAGAGCUCAAGAUCCCAGGAGUGGGGUCAACUCCAGUAGCAAUUUCCACGACUCUUCCUCCUACUGUGGCUCAACUUAACCAGCAUGGUGGUACUCCAUUAAUUCUUGAACCUGGAACUCCUACCAACCUCAACAGUGUUACAUCAGGAAUGGGAAGUACACCAGGAUUGAGUAUUGUAAAUGAAAAGGGCUCAGUUCCAGUUCUGAGUCCAUCUAAGCUGAAUAAAUUACCACUAGUGGCUCCCAUGUCCCGGCAACAUACGAGACAACAUUCCAUUUCGGCUGUGUAUGAUACUUCAAUCGGAAGCCAAGAACAAAUUGCGGAGAAAGCAAAACAAGAAGCAUAUGUAAUGCAGAGGAUAACUGAACUUCAGAGGGAAGGUUUAUGGUCUGAGAAGAGGCUUCCAAAAGUUCAGGAACCUCCAAGAGUGAAGGCACAUUGGGACUACCUCAUUGAAGAAAUGAUAUGGCUUGCAGCUGACUUUGCCCAGGAAAGAAAAUGGAAGAAAGCUGCAGCAAAGAAGUGUGCAAGAAAUGUUCAGAAGUAUUUUCAAGAAAAAGCAAUUCAGGCCCAGAAAGCUGAAAAGGUUCAAGAAUUAAGGUUGAAGAAGAUAGCCAGUUUUAUUUCAAAGGAAAUCAAGACGUUUUGGUCCAAUGUUGAGAAGCUGGUGGAGUAUAAACAACAGACAAGAUUGGAAGAAAAAAGAAAAAAGGCAUUGGACCAACAUCUCAGUUUUAUUGUGGACCAAACAGAAAAAUACUCAACUUGGCUAGCUGAAAGCAUGAAUAAAUCUGGUGUGGACAGUGUCAAUCCAAGUGUUCCUGCAUCUGUGAAUUCAUCACGAAUUUCAUCUCCAGUAAGACAGGUUCUCUCUGAUGAUGAAUUUCAACCCAGUCAGAGUUCAACAGAUGAUGAAGAAACAAUUGCUAAGGCAGAAGAAGACUUGGGUGUGUCAGGACACAUUGAAGAAGUUGAAAUGCUAAACAGGGAAUCAAAACUUCCCUUAGAAGAUUUGUUGAAGGAGUUGCCAGAUGAUUAUCUAGAGAAUCGAGAUAAAGCAUUUUCUAGUGAGAGAAGUGAAGUUGGUGAUGACAUAUCAAGUAGAGGCGAUGACGAUGAAUUCACUGUAGCAACAGAUAAGGAGUCUACUGAUGAUGAAGAGACAAUUCAGGAACAGGAAGCUGCUGAAGGGGAUGUGGAUCACAAGAAGGAAUUAGAGGAACUUCAGGCUGAAAAUGAAAUAAGUGUUGAAGAUCUUAUUGCGAAAUAUGGAUGUGGGGGCAGUGCAGAGGAUGUGGAAGAAGAUCUAGAAGAGUCUGAGGCAGAAGAAGUUGAGGAUGAGAUUUCAGGGAAUGAAAGUGAUAAUGAAAGUGAAAAUUCAACCGAAGACGAUGCAGAAAGUGUACAGAGCAAAGAAGUAGACAUUGGCCUAAAAUCUCUAUUAGAUGAUGACAACCAGAAUGGUGAUGAAAUGAGCAUCGAAAAGAAGGUGAAGGAUAAUGAAGCUGCUGGCAAAGGGAUCAGUGAUGUGGCCGCACUAGCUGAAAGUAUACAACCUAAAGGAAAUACUUUAUCUUCAACAAGUGUGGUCACAACAGUUCCAUUCCUCUUGAAGCACACAUUGAGAGAAUAUCAACAUAUAGGUCUCGAUUGGUUAGUUACAAUGUUUGAUAGAAAGCUUAAUGGAAUUUUGGCCGAUGAAAUGGGGCUAGGAAAAACCAUCCAAACGAUAUCACUUCUGGCUCACUUAGCUUGUGAAAAAGGUAAUUGGGGUCCACAUUUAAUUAUAGUUCCCACGUCUGUGAUGUUGAAUUGGGAGAUGGAGCUGAAAAAAUGGUGUCCUGCCUUCAAAAUUCUUACCUAUUAUGGCUCACAGAAAGAACGGAAACAGAAACGCACAGGUUGGACCAAACCAAAUGCAUUCCAUGUAUGCAUUACGUCUUACAAACUGGUCAUCCAGGAUCAUCAAAGUUUUAGGCGUAAAAAGUGGAAGUACCUUAUUCUGGAUGAAGCACAGAAUAUUAAGAACUUUAAGUCACAGAGGUGGCAAUUGCUGCUCAAUUUUCAGACACAAAGGCGUUUGCUGUUGACUGGCACACCCCUGCAAAAUAAUUUGAUGGAAUUGUGGUCUUUGAUGCACUUUCUGAUGCCCAAUGUGUUCCAAUCACAUCGAGAAUUUAAGGAGUGGUUUUCUAAUCCAGUGACUGGAAUGAUAGAAGGAAACUCAGAAUAUAAUGAGAGCCUUAUUAAGCGCCUGCACAAGGUGUUGCGGCCGUUUCUGCUUCGCCGACUGAAGACAGAAGUAGAGAAGCAGUUACCGAAGAAAUAUGAGCAUAUCGUAAUGUGUCGUCUUUCAAAGCGACAGAGAUAUUUAUAUGAUGACUUCAUGUCUCGAGCAAAAACAAGAGAAACUUUGGCCACUGGGAACUUAUUGAGUGUGAUCAAUGUUCUCAUGCAACUGCGUAAAGUUUGCAAUCACCCCAAUCUGUUUGAGGUUCGCCCAACUAUCUCACCAUUCCAGACGGAAGGCAUUACAUAUGUAACAGCUUCUUUGGUUAUGUCUGUGCUUGACUAUGAUCCCUUUAAGCAUGUUGAUUUAUUCAGUCUGAACUUGCUGCUGGUAGAACUAGAGACAUGUCUCACAGCAUUUGUUGCACAUCGAAUCAAGAAAUAUCGUACUCCAAAGAAGCUCAUAGAAGAAAUUGACUCUAUGCCAGGACCACCUCCACGUUGUCCAUCAGGGAAGAUAAAGAUUCAUGUUCGACUUUCCUCUGGCCAGCAGCAGCAGCAUAACGUUGGGACAAGCGGAAGCACUGCUGUAAAUAAGGGAUAUCCUCUUAAUGUUGCCUCAGCUCGUGUUGGUACCUCACCUCUGAUCAGAGCACCAACUGGCCAAGGUGUGACUCUGAGAGUGACAGGUGGAUCUCAGCGGCAGGGAUAUUCAGUCCAACUUGUGCAGCAUCAGGGUGGUGUUAAGGCAAUUCCAGUUGCUACUUUAGGCCCCACUCCACAGCAGCAGACACUGACAGGCGUGCAGGUGAAACAGUCGGAUGGUGUACAGAGGUUUUCUGUACCAGCGGGAUUUGCCCAACUGGUGCAGACUUCAACAGGACGCCACAUUUUACUUACACCAUCCACACAAGUGAUUCAACCAUUGUCACAGAAUCCAGGAACAACUACAGUGAUGACUGCAAGUGGACAUCGGCUGACUGUACUUUCAAAAUCAGUGAGUGGUGUGGCAACAACUACAGUGACAACAGUGAACCGUAUGAUCUCCUCUGGUCAGACUACACCCACGUCCGUGGCUCGGCCAGUAAUGAGGGUUCCUCCUGUCAACAUGUCAUUGGGAGCUCAGACAACCCUGGGUACUCUUGUGAACACGGUGGUAGCAGGAACUAUGACAGUAACAACCACUACCACAGUGACGUCCACGAAGACAUGUACUGCUGUCACCCAGCCUGUUCUAGCUGCUCUAGUCCAACAGUCUCAAAGGAACAAUACCAUGCACACAUAUUCACCAUCAGCAUCAAGUAGUAUAGUGACACGAAAUGAGACAAAGAUAGCAGAACAACAGAAACGGAAACAGGAGUUGCAAGCAGAAACUCACUCUGUUUUUUAUUUGCCUGAAUUAGAAGUUAAGAAGCAGUUGCGGAGGAAAGCAAAAUUAGAAAUGUUGAAUCGAUUCAACAUGCGUCGAUGUGCUGCAUGCCCAAUCUAUGGUUCAGAUCUUAUAGAGGCUAUGAGAAUUGUUGACAUGGUAGACCCUCACCCAGGGGACUUCAGAGGGGCUGGAUAUGUGCAUUGCCUGAAUGCCCUGAAAGAAACCGGCCACAGACCAGAUGGAUUUUGGACACAGACAGAACAUCUCAUGUCUCUAGUUCAUACCCCGCAGCGUUAUGUUAAUGAACUCAGAGAUAUUUUUUCAAGGUUUGUGUUGUGUGUGCCAGCCGUUUCAGCUCCUCAAACCAGGUUUCAUGUGUCACAUCCUCCUCCCUCAAAGUUCUGGGGGAUAAAAAGAACUCAGGCCAUGCUACAACAGGAACUGUCAUCACGUAGUGCUUUACUGCAUCCUAUUGCAAGUGCAAUGGUCACACAGUUUCCAGAUCCUAGGCUCAUUCAGUACGAUUGUGGUAAACUGCAGGUGCUAGACCGAUUACUUCGGCAGUUGAAAGCAGAUCACCACCGUGUACUAAUCUUUACCCAAAUGACUAGGAUGCUGGAUGUUCUAGAAGCCUUUCUUAAUUUUCAUGGUCACAUUUAUUUGCGUUUGGAUGGGACAACUCGUAUUGAUCAGAGACAGAUGCUGAUGGAACGUUUUAAUGCUGACCGCCGAAUUUUUUGUUUUAUCCUAUCAACCCGUUCAGGUGGGAUUGGUGUGAACCUCACUGGAGCAGACACUGUGAUAUUUUACGACAGUGAUUGGAAUCCCACAAUGGAUGCUCAGGCUCAAGAUCGUUGUCAUAGAAUUGGUCAAACCAGGGAUGUUCACAUAUACCGGUUGGUUAGUGAGAUGACUGUUGAAGAAAAUAUUCUGAAGAAAGCAAACCAGAAAAGGCUUCUUGGUGAUCUGGCAAUUGAAGGGGGCAACUUCACAACAGCUUAUUUCAAAAGUUCAACCAUUCAGGAUCUUUUCAACAUUGACAUUGCUGAAAACGAUGCUUCAAGAAGAAUGGCAGAGGUUCUGGACAGAGAUAAUGAAAAAGAACAAAGAAGACAAAAGGAUGAUGCCCAGCAGCUGCCACUGUCACCAAAUGAAGACAAGGUAGCACUGGGUGCCCUGGAGACAGCAUUGGCAGCAGCAGAAGAUGAAUCAGAUGUUCAGGCUGCAAGGACUGCCAAAGCAGAAGCAGCUGCAGAUUUGGCUGAAUUUGACGAAACAAUUCCACUUGAAGAUGGUGAAACUGGUGGUGAACAAGAAAUGAGCAAAGCGGAAUUGGAAGUCCAUAAUCUAAUUCAACAGCUGACUCCAGUGGAGCGUUACGCUAUGAAGUUUGUGGAGGACACAGAAGCAGUGUGGUCUGCGGAGCAACUGGCUGCAGCAGAGGCAGAAAUAGAACAGCAGAAGCGUGAAUGGGAGUUGGGACGUCUCCAAGUUCUCAAAGAAGAGGCAGAUCGUCGUACAAGAGUUACAGAUGAUGAUGAGCAGCUUCUAACUUUCUCUCAUGAGGAUGCACAUAAUCAGGUUUGGGUGUCUCAGAAUGCUAGGGAGCAAAUGCCGAUGUGGUGUCCACCAACUCCUCCACAAGAUGAUAAUGAUGUAUAUAUUGACCACGCAAUGGGCUUCCUAUAUGAACAGACAAUCAUGUCCGAGUCACAGCUUCCAGUUGUGUAUAUGAAGAAGGAACACAAACGGAUCCGAAUGGAUGCAGUUCCAGCUACAGAAAGAGAAGGUCGUCGGCCUAUGAAGAUGCGGAAAGAGGAAUCUUUGUUUGCACCUCGUUCAUUAUUUGAUCGUCCAUCACCAGCAUUAGCAAAGAUGCGCCGAGAUAUGAAGCUGCAGCGAUGCCGUGGUAUUAUGCGUUCUACAUCAACUUUGCCGGGGUUGAAACCUUCAGCCACUGCUAAACCCAUGCCAGAACCUGAGAAUAUGCCUGAAUGGGUCAUACAUGAAGAUUGGGCACUACUUCAGGCAGUACAGGUGCUUCUUGAGCUGCCGCUAAAUCUGAUGAUCCUAUCACCAGGUCAUACUCCAAACUGGGAUAUGGUGGCAGAUAUGGUCAAUAAUGUGUCCCGUAUAUAUCGCUCACCCAAACAGUGCCGCCACAGAUAUGAUACCAUCAUUGUUCCUAGGGAAGAAGGCAAGAUUUUGUAUGAUUCAAAUCCAAAGAAACAAAAGAAGACAAAAGGCAUGUAUAAACUUCCACCACAGACAAAAACGAACCGUCCAAUGAAAACAUCACAGUUAAACAUCCAAGAUAAUAAUGGAACGUACACACAGCUAUAUACACAGCGCUUUGAGACAAUCAAAGCAGUAUCAAAUAAGCGAACACCAACAGUGAGGCCACAGCAGCUUGAGAGUUCCACGAUGAGGAACCCCAAACAUGCAGCUGUUUUAGCAGACAUUGGAAUAAUAUAUGACCAGCCUCUCACUCCCAUAGAAGUGGCUACUCGUAGGGCAGAAAGAAUUGCUAAAGAGAAGCAGAAAACAGCACAGGCAGCUGCAGUACUCUCUGGAGGACAAUCAUUCAUUGCUCCACCUUUACAGCAGCAACAGCAACAAGUGGCAGCAGCUGCAAAGUCUGGGUCCACUGCUUCUGUUCCUCAGGUAUCUGCCCCAUCUGUACCAUCUCCAGGUCCUUCAACCCAGUCAACUGUGCCAAGUUCAGCACCGCAAGCUGUUGUGGUUGGAUUAAGUCAAGCAUCUUCUCCACAGCAGAUUGGGGCCGUAGUAUCAGUUUCUGGCACCACAGUUAUACAAACUGGAUCUGUGGCAACUCUGACACCAGCACUUGGCCGAGUACAGAGACCUGUCACCACUCUUACAGUACAGGAUGUGGUAGCUGCUGCAGGCCAAGUGAGGGCAGUGGCGAACUCUCCAGCUGUUGUGUCAGUUGCUAAUCUUACGCCUGCACAGGUUCAAGUGGCUGCUCAGCGCCUUGCUUCAGCAAACCUUGUGUCCCAGUCUCCAACGGUAGUUACUACUGUAGUUACGAAAGGUGUAACAGCUGGCACUGUGACAGCAGGUGGAAAGACGUUGAACCAUGCUCAGAUUCAGUUCUAUAAGCAGCAGCAACUGCUUCGUCAGCAGCAGCAGCGACUUUUACGGGACCAUCAGCUGAAGGUUCUGCAGGCCCAGUCAGCUUCAAAUCAGAAGGUUUCAGUUGCUGUGACUACAGGAGCAACUAUGGGAAUAGCAACUGUGGCAGGGGUCACAGCUGUUCAGGUCUCACAGGCACAACAGCAGAGAGCACAGUUCAUCAAACAAGCAUCCCCUGGUGGUAAACAAACUGCGAUUGCUCGCACAAUGUCAGAGACAGAAAUGGCAGCAUUGAUUAAGCGCCAACAACAGCAUCUAGCAGUGCAGCAGAAAGCUGGAGGGGCACAGGUAGCUCAAGUGCAAGUUCCCACACAGACAGGACUCACUCCUGCUCAGAUUCUAGCUCAGGCUGGAUUGCAGGUGCAGCAGGCAGGUACAUCUGGUCAGACUCAGGUUGCAACACUAGUGAAGACAGUAUCAGCUCCGGGUGGUGGAGGGUCACCUCAGAGUGUGACUAUCCCUGUGACAGGAAUGACUCUGCCUCAGGUGAAAGCAACAGGUGCCAUGAAGACUGCUACGCCACAACAGAUACGACAGUUGGCAAUCCAACAGCAGCUGUUGCAACAGCGUAAAUUACCACCACAGAAGAUGGCACAGCUCACUCAGGUGGGUGGGAAAGCAGGUGUUCAAGCACAGCUGAUUGUUCAGUCUCAGAAAGCUAUGCCAACUACUAUGACAGUACAGCAGAUCCAACAAGUCAUAAAGCAUGUUCAACCACAGCACAUUGCCCAUGUGUCAGGUGGUCAGGCUGUGUCCCAAGCAGCAUCAGGGAGUCAGGUGAUAUCACAUGCAGUGCUUACUAAAGCACCACAAGUGUCUGCACCUGGCCAGACCUUGCAGACGCGGGUUAUUCCUGUGUCCAGCACACAGCCGUCUCUCAAACAAGCCAUACAGGUGGUUACUGCUUCACCAGGAGUGCGGACAUCUGUCCCCAAUGUAACAAUUGAUUCUGCUGGAAGACCACAAGUUAGUGUCGCAUCAACACUAGCAUCAGCUCUUGCCAGCACCAUCAAAGUGACGCCAUCUGUCUCCACAGCACAGCAGCAUGCUAUAUUGUCACAGGUAAAUGCAGCAUUACAGGGACAGCCUGUGUCAGUGGCUGUACGACAGGCAACUCAGAGUCCUGUCCGCAUCCAGACUGCAGCAAGUGGAUCUCCUCUGGUAGCAGUAACAGUACAACAACCUGCAGGGGUUCAGUCCCAAGGCAUCCCAACAGUGGUAACAGCACAAGUACAGCAGCAACAGCAACAUUCCAUUGCUAACCCUGCCACACAGUCAGGCAACUCACAGGAAGCAACCCAGUGAAACCUGAGCAGAGUGAUUUUUGAAGACAGCCUUUGAAAUGCCGUUUUGCAAGUGUUACAUGUAAUGAAAGUGCUGCUGAUUAGAAGAAAGAUCUGUUUUCAGAAGUGAUUAGACAUUCUACACUUCAUGGCAGAUGAAGAAUUGAUAUUGUUAGUAAUGUGCUUCUAAGAACACAAGCGUGAAACUGUCACCUCACAUCAGGGAUGCUUAUUCCCCUAUUUGUAAUAAAAUGUUUAUAUCCUAGGUAAUCAGAAGGGAUGAUCUCUUUAUGGACAAAACAUGGAUUUGAAGCCAAAGUCUUAAGAAUAGAUAUAAUUUCCAUAUUAACAUGGAAAUGUGAGAUAUAAACACAACUCUAUGACUUUCAGCAUUUAUAAAAUGUUAACAACUCCCUUUGUCAAUUUUGAUCUUGCCCAUUAUUCUGUUAUAGUCACAAACAUUCACACCAGUGUUAUCCAGUGGGUUUAUGUCACUCACAUAUAUGAACAUAUGCUGAGGGUGCUUUACUUUAUUAACAUGUGAAUUUGACUAGGUCAGGUAUUGUGGGGAAGCAAAUCCGCAUACUCUCGACAGGAAUUAUGGAAGGUGAAUCAAUGAAAUGAAAUGAAAUAGUGAACAGUAACUUUCCACUUGCCAGUGUUUAAUGGUUAAUGGGUAUGUGAUGUGGUUUGUAUGUGCGUGUGUAUUGACGUCAACUGUCCAACAGUUAAGUCAGAAAAUCUGAACUGUAAACAUUUUAAAAGUAAUGUGAUGCAUUUUUUGCAGAUAUGUGAAUUCAUGUAAUUGUGUGAAAGAUCAUGCUUUAUGGCUGAUAUGAAAACAUAGCAGCCAGUCAUAACAGAAUGGAAAGUAUUACAUUACUAUGUAAAUAUGUCCGUCGAUCACAACUCUGUACUUCUAACAAAUAACUGACAGCCUCAAAUUGUCAAUAAAGUGAGUUAAUUUAUUAAUA